UGUAAGUGCGUAGUGUAUAGUACGUCAUUUGGGACACAGUUUACUUUGAAAGAAUACCGGAAGUAGCCUGUUCCUCACUACAGUGCCAGUAACUAAGGCUUUCACAGAGAUGUUGAUGUGCUUACUUUUAUUAGUUUAUAACGCAGUUUUUAUUUUCAUUAAGUUCACGGAUUUUAUUUAUAAUCCACACUUAUUUUCCAGCUUUUAUUUUCCAGAAUAUUCCGUUGGUUGUUAGUAAGGAAUAAGAAUCUUAGCGCACGUGAGGCUAAAUGUGAGAAUCAGGUGGCAUGGAGCCGGCGAGUGUGGAGAACCUGUGUGUGUUGUACCACAGUGCUGAUUACCUGGUGCUCAAUAAACACUGGGACAUUCGCAUCGACAGCAAACUGUGGAGUGAAACGCACACGGUGCAGAAACAACUGAAGCACCGAUUCCCUCAGCUCGCCGACCCUCAAACACACUACGGCUUCAGGUUCUGCCAUCAGCUGGACUUUUCCACCAGCGGUGCACUGUGUGUGGCGCUGAAUAAAGCAGCAGCUGGAAGAGCGUAUCGCUGUUUCAAAGACAGAACAGUAACCAAGGCUUAUCUUGCUCUGGUUCGAGGCACUGUGGCUGAUAGCAGAAUGGUGCUGGACGCUGCCAUUGGUAAAAACAGCACCGAGGGAAAAACCCAUAUGAUGUGUGUGGAAGGAACAGAAGGAUGUGAGAAUCCCAAGCCCAGCCAAACAUUAUUAACUGUAUUAGAAUAUGGAUCAUAUGACAGAGAACCUGUUACUAAAGUUCUCCUGCAGCCUCUUACAGGACGCACCCAUCAGCUCCGAGUGCACUGCAGCUCCGUCGGUCACUCCAUCGUAGGCGACUUCACUUACAGCCUCGGUACAGACGACGCUCCGUAUCGCAUGAUGCUGCACGCCUACUUCCUCCGAAUCCCUCUGCAGCACGAGCUCAUCGAGGUCACAACUGCCGAUCCCUUCGUUUCCGAACUCGACCCCAAAUGGACGCCAGAAACACGUGUUCAUAGUCUUGAGAGCUUAUUGACUGAAAUAAUAACGAGAACUAAAGCAGAAGAGCGACAAAGGGAGGAGGAGAAGUUAGCGAGUGAAGAAGAGAAAAAGAGGAGGAGGAGGAGGAAGAGUGUGGAGGAGAGUGAGGAGGAACGAGCGCAGUGUCAGCAGUGGCUCUCGGAAUGGACCCUCAGUGACUAAUAAUUUUAUUUAUUUUUUAUUAUCUCGUUUUAUCUUGUCUCGUUGGCUGUGAAGUUAAUUUUUUUAUGACAAAUGAAUCGCCUAAUCUUUCAUUAUUGUUCAUGAUGUUUACAUGCUACUGUGUUUUUUAAAAAAAAUCACCAGAUGUUUCUAUUUAUUAUUGAGCAGUGUUUUAACUGUAAAAGAACGCGGGUCAGAGCAACACAAAUAAAGACGCUAGCCAGAUUCGAAUCAAAUCUUUUAUGUGUGAUGCCGAAACAUUCAUCCAUGUUUUGAUUUAUUUAUUUUUUGUUAGGGUUGUAAACACAAUGUGCUUUGUGAUGAUCUAUACUUGUUUCAUUUAGUCUGUAUUAAUAGCUAGAUAACUACUUCACCAUAUAGUAUCCUGUAUUCAGCUAAAGGUUGUAACUCGUAAUUUCCAAACUCCGACGAGGAAAAAACAAAGAAAACACCCUCUCAACUCAGAAUUCCUACUCGAGGAGUCAGGAUGGUCUCAACUCCGCGUUCAGGGACGGACGUCAAAUCAACAUGGCUGUGCACAGCAUACACACAUUUUAGCUCGUUAAAUCUGCAGGGUGUCCCAAAAGUCUCCACACGUAGGGGAAAUUAACACUUUUUAGCAAAAUGUCUUCCGAAAUUGUUCAUUCUUACUUUGUAUUAUAUAUUUUUUUCAGAUAGCUUUUCAGAAUGCCUUUGACAGAAGAAGAACGUAUUGAAAUCAUUCUCAUGGCUGGAUCGGGAAGCUGUCGCAAGGUUGCGAUGGACGUUAACAGGAAACGUGGCGAGCACAUCACGCACGACACUGCUGCCAAACUUAUUAACAAAUUCAAAAAAGGCUGGAAGUGUUGCGGAUCAGCUGAGAAGUGGACGUCCGCCAACAUCCACUGAUGAAGGCGUAACCGAUGUGGUCCUGGCAAACAGCCCCCUGUAUACGGAGACUUUUGGGACACUGACUAGACAGAUUGCUGUUUGAGGAGGGAAAAUAUAGAUCACUCUUCAGUUAGCUAGCAAGAUUGUUGCUAACAAAAGACAAACAUGGAUGCGUCCAUGUUUUUUUCCCCCCUACUUCAUAGCUCGAACCAACAGAGGUCAAAAAUAAUGCCAUUCCAAACUCCGACUUCGAAUGCAGCGUUACUGUAAUACGUUAAAACCACUUUUUAGCCUAGUCAGUUAGGUUUCCAGGCAACCAAAACAGGAAGAGUGUAUCACUAGAGCUUUUACUUGUCUAGUGGGCUAGCUAAUAAAUUUAUUAUUUGUCCAUUCAGGGUUAUUAAUUUAAACUGGUAAACAACUGAACACACACACACACACACACACACACACACAUACAUACAGGUUAAACAAUGUAUGUCACCUAGAAAUAAUCUUUCUUUUACAAGUAGGUUCCAUUUCUCCAACAUGUACUGAAAAUUAUAUAUAUA